AUGGCCAUGAUCCUGCUCCUCAUCCUUGCACACCCUCGCAAAAUCGCCAUUGCUGUGUCCCCACUCAAGCUACUCCGACAAACCCAUGUAAAUGUUAUUACUGUACUAAUCGCUGGCCUUAACGCUCGAAAGGGUGAGGAGCUUAAUAGCUCUGGCGUCCGCACCAACCAAAUAAAUGAAGACGUGCCGGAUAACAAGGAGCUUUGGAAUGAUAUUGCUUGA